AUGCGUGACAUUUUUACUUCUGACUGCCCUAGCUACUGGGCUUUUCUACUUGACGAGGCUCUCACGGAGACCACUUGGGCUCAGAAGAGAUCCAAUACCAUAGAGGCUGCUGCAAUGGCGAUCCAGGGCUCUGAGGCAGCGAAUUGCUUUGAAGGCUUGGACAGAGUGCCUGUACGCCAGGUAGAAGCUGCCUCAGUGCAACAAUAUCGUUGCCUCGGCGGUCAUCUCAAUUGCCUGAAGCGACAGCGUCUCGCUCGAGGACUAGGUCUCUCUGAAGCGGAGUAUGAUGGCGAGGACUGGCGGCCACCGAGUCUAUGCCGCUGGAUUGGAGCCCUAUUGGUUCUAUUCCAGGUCUCCAUCAUCGCUGGCCUUGCCGCCAUCUACGCCACGUCUCAAGGAAAAGGCCUGUACGAGAGUGCAUUGGCCUAUAAGACCGAUAUCAAGCUUGGAAACUAUAGAUUUGGUUCUCUGGCACCGUCCAGUAUUGUCCCUACUUUGAUUGCCUUUUUUGUAAAAUUAUGGUGGCAAUUAAUCGAUGAUACUUUCAGGGGUCUGACGCCUUUUCUUGCUCUUCUGCAGCGGCCUCAAAAUCCUUCGGAUGCAGCCACUUUGUCCUAUGCAUCCACUCCUACUCUUUGGAUUACUGUCAGGGCUGCCAGAAAAAAACACUGGAUUUUGUUUUUGGUGACGUUCGACGCCUUUACCGCGGAGGCCUUUACCCCAUUGUUUCAAAGUUAUGCUGGCACCGCUUCGAGCAGUCGCACUUUAGCUUGGCCAGAUAUUACACCACAUCUCUUUGGAGGAGCGGGCUAUCAGAGCUCGUGGUUAUUUAGCGCUCUUUCUCAGUGCUCAUACAACAGCUCAUCUCCUGCGUUUAGCAAGAAUGGCUGGAGUUUUCCGAUAAUGGAUCUUAGGAACAUCACUGCGAGUGUGGCCACAAUUGGAGGUAUCAACUCCACCGACCAAAGACAAAUGCAGGGCCCCGCAUUGGACAUUACCUACAACACCAAAGCGUUAUCUGGUAGAAUGGAAUGCAGUCCCAUACCCGAUACCAAUCAGUGGAUGUCAACUCGAAACCUAACCGAUCCAGCGACAUGGGACGUCAGCUCCAAUCCCAAGGGUCUCGUUGUCGGGUACGAGCUUUCGAGCCUCAUUAGACUAAACUACUUUGUAUCCUACACCGGCCAGCCGACGACUUCGAAUUUCGCCGUUGGACAAUGGCUGCCAUUUGGAUACGGAACUGAAGAGGCAGACUUUUUGAGCACCAACUUCACUGUGCUUUGGAUGAAUGCUAGCCACCCGAGCUCGUAUCAUGACACCACCGAUGGGCCGACUCGCUUGAUUUUCGCAGAGAAACCUCAAAUAGCAGCGCUGAAUUUCAUGACGAUAUUGGAAGCCGCAAAUGCUAGUAAAACUGUUAGCGUCAGCGACGGCAGUGUCCAAGGGUACAAGCUGUUGGAUGAUCCGAGAAAUGCCACGGAAGCUUGGGCGGAAUUUGACACGCAAUAUGCCAAUGAAUCAGCUUACAGACAGCCAACGGGUUUGCCCCAGUAUAACAAUACCGUCCGAUGUCUACGCCUCUCUGGCCCUCGUCAAUUACGACCGUCAAUCUCUGAUGGACACUGGAGUUCUCGCCGACGUCUCCAAGAAGGUGUUUUCUUCAUUCUUUCAGUCAUUUAUAUCAUUACCCAAUGGCUACGACGGACACCGGGCAUACCAACCAAGUUACGGUCGCUCCGACGGAGAGAAUCACCAUCCGUCGAAAUAUUACAAUCCCAUCACAUACCCCGAAACAUCUUCGACCCCUACCGCGCUACUUCUUCGCAACAAACUUCCCGGCCAGUGCCAAGAAAUCCCCUAAUUGAGACAGGUACUGCGCGCUUAGCCCGUCGUGCGAGUGCAUCUAUUUCUAUUGGUGCUCCGGAAGCAUCGAAUAAUAUAUCAGCUACCCUCUCGAUCCGCACCGAGCUUCUAGUCAUAUCUCCGUUUUCCGUCUUCUUCAGCGUUAGCAUCCUUGCCAUGUUGGUCAUUUCAACGCUCAUAGUCUACCUCUGGAAUGGCUACUUCAAAAUGCUACCCCGAGACGUAGAUUCCCCAGCAAGCGUCUUCGGCUAUGUGUAUGCAAGCGAGAAGCUUCAAGAGUGGGCUAGACAACGAGAGGAGAGCCAAGGGUUGAAUCAUAGGCCAAAUUCCUGGCUUAAAUGGAAGAGGGCAAGGUCGGCUGGGCCAAGGACCUUGGAUAGUGAUCAUGAUGUUUCCUUGCACAUGGGGAAUUUCACCGGCAGGGAUGGUACGAAUCGAUAG